ACAGUCCGCAGAAAAACUAAUUUAGUACGUAUUAACCAAAGUAUUUUACAUACAACAUAUUUGUGAAAUGGCGCCAUCCUCCGAAGUGUGGAGAUAUUUCACAAAAUCUAACUCCUCAGAAGCUUCAUGUAAAAUGUGCCCAAAGAAGGUCAGAUUUUGUGGAAACACAUCAAACUUACACAAGCACAUGAAAGUGCAUGAAAUAAAUACAUCAAAGAAUAACGUUGAGGAAGGUAAUGGAAACCCAAAACCACAAUGCAGCGAAAUAAAAAACAUGUUUCAAAAUAUAAAUUCUUACAAAGGUAAAUGUAAAACGGUGGGACCUUUAUCACACAAUACGGGCAAGGGGUUUGGUCCAAUUGGAUUUAAAACUCAUAUAUGUACAUACUAUAUGAAGUACAAUCACGAAAAACCGUAAUCGUCUAUUGGGGAAGCACUUAGAAAAACUUUUAUUUCUUGGAAAUAUUCCAGAAGCUGAAUUUUUUAAUUAACUACCUUUACAUAUUUAAUAUGUAUGUAUUAUUAAAAAAGAAUUGACUUUAAACGAGAAUAGUAGUAAGGUAUUUUCUUCAAAUAUGUUUUCAAAACAUUACAGUAUAUAUAUUCACUUGGUACAUGAAAAAUACCAAAAAGCCUUAAUAAACAAAUCUUUAAUA